ACUCUCUCUUUCUGUCAUAUCUGGGUGAUUCCUUAAUGCAACAUGCAACUAUUUUGUUAGUAUUUUAAUGUUCCAUGGAUCUCUAAUUCACUCCUCUCUCUCUCUCUGCACUUCUCAGAAUUCUAUGGUUUGAUGCAGAAACCUCUUCUUAUUCUUCCUUCCAACACACUUCAUUCCUCAGAUACAACUUCACUCUCUUCACAAAUGGCUCUGUUGCGAAUCUGUUUCUAGCUUCCUUUUGUUUUCUUCUUUCUUCUUGUUAUAAACUCCUCCCCCCCUCAAAAAAAAAAAAGUACUUGAAGAUUCCAACUUUUUGAAACCAGUCAUCUAUUCCUGAGUCCACAAGAAAGUCUCAGGAACUUGAACUUUUGGCAAAUAUAGGAUCUGAUUUUUUUUUUUUUAAAAAAAACAUUGUGUGUAGACUUGAAGUUUUGUGAUAUUAUUCUCUGUGAAUCAUACUUGAGAAUGAGAUCUGUGGAAGAAAAAGGGUGCUAUGGCCAUCAAACGCAGGAGACUUCAAAUCCAAGUGCCGUUUAUUUCGAAUUUCACAAGGGGACCAACCGUACCACUCUGGGAAAACCCACACCGUCUAAGUGGGACGACGCUCAAAAGUGGCUCGUAGGGUUGUCGUCUUUGUCAAGAGGAGGCGAGAAAAGCCAGUCUAAGAACAAACCCAGGAACUCAAACGCAGAUGACUUGAGAUUAAUAGCUCCUGUUCCACAGAAAGAGCAAGAUUUUGAUGAGAAAGAAGAGGAAGACGAAGAAGAACGCAGCACAACUUGCCAGCACGAAGCAGAGGAAACAAAGAAGGUAGAAUGCGACGAGUCGUUUUGGCGAAUCAACAGGCCGGCGAGCCAAAACGCAUCAUGUGUUCGAUCGAUAUGUGUGAGAGAUAUGGGGACGGAGAUGACGCCUAUAGCUAGCCAAGAGCCUUCGAGAACGGCGACGCCGAUCAGAGCCACAACUCCGGCGAGUCGAAGCCCCGUUCAUUCAGGGACUUCUACGCCAUUGAGGAGUUCAAAUGGGGGUAAUAGUGGAAAUACGAGAAGUUAUGUGGCAGAACAAUCAAGCCCCUCCAAGAAGACGGAGAAUCCAGCUAAGAAAUUAAGCCCUCUCGAAAGCAGAGCAUUGGCAUGGGAUGAAGCAGAAAGAGCCAAAUACAUGGCAAGGUUCAAGCGUGAGGAGGUAAAGAUUCAGGCCUGGGAAAACCAUCAGAUAAGAAAAGCUGAGAUGGAAAUAAAGAAAAUGGAGGUGAAAGCUGAGAGAAUGAAAGCUCGGGCACAAGAGAGGCUAGCAAACAAAGUAGCGGCAACAAGGAGGGUGGCAGAAGAGAAGAGAGCUAACGCAGAAGCUAAGCUUAAUGAAAAAGCUUUGAGGACUUCCGAAAGAGCUGACUACAUCAGAAGGACAGGACAUGUCCCUUCUUCUUUCUCUCUCCACUUUAAGUUCCCUUCCCUUUGCUGGUAGCAUUCUAUUGUAUUCUAUUAAUAUCAAUAUCAACUAGCUACUCCUACCACUACUAGCUACUUUUGUGUAUCAUUGCUCAUCUUAAUUUUACACUCAAAUUAAUUGCACAUAAUAAUCUCUCA